CUAAGGACUUCAAAUAUGACUAUAAAUAAUGUCUUAAUAACACUUGUAGAUCUUAAUGCUUUGAUGAAUUAUUAUAAAUUAUUAUAAAUCAUUCUUAGAUAUUCCGUUAAAGAGGACUCUCCCUAAAUAAUUUUGCUAGCUUUUCUCCAGUUAUCCAAAAGUAAUAAACUAUUUAAUUAUUGAUUCAAUAAUGGAGGCAAAAGAGCAUUUUCUGAGUUCCUACCGGUUAGUUAUUUGAGAGGUAACAAAGAUGUAUUGUGUACCUACUGUAUGCCAGGCCCUUCUUAGGCACUGGGGAAAAUAUUAGUAAACAAAAGAGGCAAAAAAAUGAAAGAAAGAAAGGUACAAAGAAAGAACAAAAAUUCUGCUUUUGUGAAGCUAAUAUUGUCCUAGAUGUUGCAAUGAAAGCAACUGACAAGUCAGACAUGAUCCCUGCCUGCAAUGAGUUUAAAUUCUGAUGAGAAAAAUGGGCAAUAAACCAGAACAAGAGUUUUUAUAAUUGGUGAACAAUGUAAUGCAUAAGGUGAUGGGAAAUGACAAGAUCAUUCUGAGUCCCACUUUAGAUACAGUGGAAAGGGAAGAUCCCACGUGGAGGUGAUGAUUAAAACAUGAAGAUAAGGUGUUGGAUAUUUAAUAAACAUAAAAUUAUAAAUAACAUAGAAAAUGUUAUGGAACACUAAACACCAAAAUUGUAUAUGUAGGAAGAUACGACUGAACAAAGGGAUGGUUGUACUCUUAAAUUCUCAUUCAGUAGCUCAUAGUUGUUUGGAUUGUUUCCACAAAUGUUUUUCUCUUAUAAUAGAAAAAAAUUUUUAUUUUCAUGUUCUUAUUCUGUGUGACAGAAAAGGUCAGAUUGUUUUCUCAAAAGUUGCUUUAAUUUGCAUCUUAGGUCUUGAGUGUUGAGCAGAUUUGAAGGUGUGAUUUGAAGCGAGGGAAGAAAUGAGAUGUUAAAUAAUUUAUGAUUACUGCUAAUAUUCAAAGGAAAUGGAAUAUUGAAAAAUAAAAUAUUGAGUUAAUUUUUGGAGGUCCAUAUUUGAAAUUGUGGAUGCCUAAAAUCAGAAAUUUGGGGAAAAUAAACAUUUUUCAAAGCAGACGAAGACAGAAACAAGAUUUUAGGUCCCAAGUUAUAAUAUCAAGAAUAAAAGGGAAAAAAGAAUGCUUGUUAAGAAUCAUAGCAAUAAGUCAUCCACAUGAUUCUGUGGUCAGGCAGCUGAGGAGUUGGCUGGUUAAUUAAAUUCUGUUUCAAUGCCAACUUAAAAAAAUUGACUGUAAUUUGCUAAAGCCUAAUAAGGCAUCUUCUCUGUGCUACUUUGCCAGACUGGAAAGGGACCUUUGGCAAGUCUCUUCUCUGGUUCCUACAUCACACAGGUAAGGAUAACAGAGGUCAUGGGCAAGAUGGACCAAGAGAGUUAGAUUAUUUUAAGUACAAUGUAGAGAAAGAUUUGUUUGCUUGUUGAUGUUCUACCUUGAGGCUGUCUGGAAGGGAUCACUUUCCUUUAUCCAGUAAGAUCUGAAACAUUAAAACCUCCACAGUUCUCUUAGGAGAAACCCAAUGGAAACUAUGGCCCGAGAUAACAAGUCAGGGCCAGAAGAAAAGAGAGAAAGAGUAGGGGUAGGGAGAAGACCACAAACUGCCAAAGAGACCAUUCAAAAAGCAGAAGGAGGAGGAGGAGGAAGACUAGGGAAGAAAACAGAGCAUUGUGGCUCAAGGGGAAAAGUCAAACCUAUUUUGUGCCACCUGAGGCCUGUGUGUGCAGGCUUAAGUGUUAGUAAGAUUUUAUUUCUGGUGGUGAACUGUUCCUUUCUGUCCUUCCAAGUUUUAAGGGCAUGGCUAAGGGGUUGUAUCUACUGUGUGAAUGUGACUCUACAAUAAGGUGCUUUUCUCUUUGCACAAGAAGAUGAUGCUACUUAUUCAUCCUCACGGUACAUGCUGUUUUUCUAUUCACAGGGAUAGUCUUAUACUAAUCCUGCCACUCAGUUUCUUUGGACUCCAUGGAGACUAGCUGGUGCUGUGUACAGGCAGCUGGUUGUGGUGGUGGUGGCCAGCAGUGGGCUUGGCCCUGUGACCUCCACCUCAUAGACUGAAUGCUCAACCACCAACUGAGCGUGGGCUUGAGUUGCUCAGAGCUGGGUUGCAAUCAGGGCUCCGACCCUUCCUAUUAAUUGUAAAGGUUAUAUAGGACACAGGUCUUCACUCAUCCUCAAUUAUUUUAUGCAUAAAAUGGGAAUAAUAAUUGCUCUUUCAUGGUAUGAUUGAGAGGACACUGAUAAGCAAAACAUGGAAAACAUUUACCUCAAAAACUAAAUAAUACCCUUUCUCACCCUUAGCAACAAAAGGUAACAAGGUGGCUUUCCUUCAAAUGUUAUUUCUACCUGGGCCAGAGAGAAACAGCUGUCCACAGGGCAUUAAGUACUGGCCAGAAGAAAAGCCUUCUUCCUCCUGGAGCCAUGGUACACACCUGUAAUACCAAUAACUCUAGAGGCUGAGGCAGGGGGAUUGAGAGUUCAAGACCAGUUAGGACAAUGUAAGUGAGACCCUGUCUCAAAAAAAGAAAAAAAAAAAGAAAAGAAAAGAAAAAACCCUCAUUCAUAACAAUGUGCAUUAAUAACUGUGUAAGUGCUAAUGGAAAGUCUUACACAACUUAAAGCAAUUAAAGUAUACCCCUCACUCAUCCCAGGGAAUCUGAGAAUGUCUGUGUUUGGAAAGUCAUUUUUCUCCUUUGUGGUUUGCAUUUAAUCUCUCUCUUCAUUUCCAGUCUUGGUCUCCCUUUGAUAAACUGUUCUUCUUUUUCGAUGACAUAUUAUUUAUCCCAUUAUGCCACUGUCAGAGACCCUAAAUAUAACUAUAUCCUUUUCCUAACUGGCAGAUGAUCUGGCUUUCAUUCUUCAUUUCUUUAAUCAUGUUAAAGUUUUACAUACAGUGAUACAUUUCACAAGACUUUCAGGGAAUACUGAGAAACUUUCUCUACAGAGAUAAAAAUAAUGAUGCUGAGUCACUUCCUUUGUUGCUCUUUGAAUUCCCAUAUAAAGUUAUCAACCAAGUAUACCUUGCCUGGCUUAGUAAGUGGGCCCACUUACCCUGGGUUAAUGCUGGUAACAUUAGUCACUGUUAAUUGCUCAAGAAGUGAGAUCAGGUAGGCAAUCACUGAGUUCAUCUGUAAAAAAAAAAUGACUGUAGUCACAUUAAGGAAUAAAAAGGCCCUAUGGCUACCAAAGGACUGAAAGUUAUUUCAGCAGAACUGAGAGCAUCUAUUUUCUUUGUAACAAAAAAUGACCCAGAACUCUGAAAAUGCCAGGAGGCAAGAAGUUUUAAGUUCUUGUUUUACCCUAAAUCUGGUCACUGUUUUUAGAUUUAUGGACUUUUUUUCUUUUAAUAGGUAGAGUCUGUCCUAUUCCAAGUUUUUAAAGAAAUUGUGGUUCGAAUUAAAACUGAUUUUUUGGAAAUUGACUUUAUUUGAAAAAGUUUUCCCUUUAAAAUUUUUCCUGUACUGCCAUUCAUUUAGAUAAAACAGCAGAAAGAGAGCUACACAGAUAUCUUGAAGGUAAGUACCUGUUUUAGAACAGCCCUCUGUGUUGGCCUCUUGGAGAGGCUUAGCUAAGACUGUGCUCUCCGAGGGAGGGAAGACUCUGGAGGGAGAUUUUUCAGAACUGGGGGUACUGAAGUUAUGAUUUAACCUGCAUCCGGGACAUCUGACCUUGCAAUUUUGUAGUUUUCCAACUGCUGGGAGAAAUUCUGCUGAAAUCUGUUGUGUUGUCAUGACAGACAGGGCCAUAUGGAAAGUGCUGGAAAAAUUCCUCCCUAGACUAUAAUUGCUUUGAUGGGCAGAAACUCUGCCUUCUAUUCAACUAUGGGGUAUGUAUGCUUCCCAGUGUUUGAGGCCAUCUUCAGGAUCUAUCAGCCAAGGCACGAUCAACCUCAGAGCAAAAGAAAACACUCUGCUUGCCUGAAGAAGCCAACAAUAUUUUAUUUCAUUUUAUUUAUAGGAUCAUGUUACUUAAUCCCUAAGUACUUAAUAUGUACACGGGUUGGUUAUAUGGAAAAAACCCUCAAAACUGUUACAUGGUUUAUUUGUGGUCAUGCAAAUAAAAUUACCUAUUGGAUAAAUUCCUUCUUCUAAUUGAUUAUCUGGGUACCCUGUAUAGUAUGUGAGUGUAGAAGUCAGUAAGACUGUGUAGCUUAAUCGUUAAGAUCCAAGCUCUGUAACCAGAUUGCCUGGAUGUGAACUCUGCUCCAUAAUUUUUGAACAAUUCUGUGCCUUAGCUUUUCCAUCUACAAAAACAGUGCAAUAAUUAUAUCUAACUCAUCAGGUUCUUAUGAGGUUAAAUGAUAUACACAUUUAAAAGGUGCUUGAAGUAGUUCCUGACACGUAGUAAGCACUAUUUAAGUCUUAGUUGUAAUUAUUAUUAUGACUAGCACUAGGAAACCAAGAUUAUUGUGCCACUUUUUCCUUUUCUUUUCUUCUGUCUUUGCCUAGAGCUCUGACUUUGUGUCCAUACUCUUAUUCCUGAUAUUGCCAGUCUUUCUUUGGGUAGUGUUUUUAAUGGCAAUGGUGUGGGCAGAGGGAGUUGUCAGGGGAGAUGGCUAUGAGUUCACAACCCAAGUGUGAGAAGGUGGAUGCUUCAGUUGUUCGGGGCUCCCACUUCAUACCUACCCACAUGCCUUUUCAGAGGAAAGAACAUUUUUCCGUGUGGGGGUGGCAUUCAUAUUGGAAGGGGCUGGUUGAUGGUGUUAUUUUUGUUCCCCACAAAUGUGGAUGUUUAAAAUAGUGCUUUAUUCAAUCGGUGUAAGUGACACAUAGACUAUGUAUAGUGGUGGAGUUGGGCCUGGCAGGUGACAAGGGCCAGAUCUCACCAAAAUCAAGAUGUGGUUCUCUACCGAUAGUACUCAAGGAGUUGCUCUGAGGAUGGUCAGCACAGACCCCCACUUGGGUUUCCUGGCAAACUUGCCUGCACAACUACUGACUUGUUUGAAAUGGAUGUAACUCAGAGGCAGUGAACUGGGAUUUGGCUUUGUCUCCAUGGGGCAUGCCAGCGGGUCACAUUUCCUCUCUGAACCUCCCUCCAAGCCGCACUGUACUGAUGAAGGGAAAGGGACAAGGCUUCACAAGAAACAGCACAUGCUUUGCUUUCAUUUCUGGAAGUCCAGGGGUCGACCUACAGAUGCUGCUUCUUCCGUGGCUGAUGGCAUUCAGACCCCCAGCUGCCCACGGUGCCAGGCAAAUAAUUGGACAGGCCAGCUCAGCCACAAGUCACAGGCUGCAGUCUCGGCCAGAGCAGCAGCCCCCCAGCCACAGACCACCUCUGCCGCCCCAUCCAGGAGCCUUCCCACCUCCCUCCGCCUUGCCUCAGCCCCGCCACAGGGGCUGAAGACCUGGGAGGUGGUGACAGCAGUGGCAGUGGUGCCUACAGCCUUGGGGCCAGUCCAGGCACGUGGGACCCUGCUUCAGGCAACACUGCGGCCCCUCCAGGACCAAAGAGGGACCCAAGACAGCCCGGGUGCUCACCACUGCCUCUUCCUGUCGCUGGAACCUGGGCAAGGACUCGGAAUGGAAGCCGCCACUCCUGAGCCGAACUCGCAGGCCAGACUGGUGCAAGUACAGGAUCCAGUGAGCAGAAAGCAAGACAGCCGGGAGCGCCAGCAGCAGCUGCGGCCACUUCCCCAGCCUUCAGCCUCCUCCCAGCGAGAAGCAAAAUAUGUGGAGAUGUGCGCUUCAGCCAGAAUCCAGAGGGCGAGUCCCCGGACAGUGAAACUUACACUGGAACACCGCUCCGGGGAUCAGAAAGCCUCUAGGAGCCCAAAGGAGAAAGCCCAGGAUGAGCCCACUAGUCCAGAGUGCAGGACUCCAACCCCCCAGAAGAACCCCGCUUCCUCGGAACGCUCCAGCUCCCAACUCUCCCGCACUGAUGAGGGUGGCAACUCCUCCUCCUCCUCCUCCUCCCCUGUGGACAAAGCAGAAGACCAUGGCCUUUCCAAAAUGGAUGAAUCCGCCUCAUCAUCCGGGGCGGCUCUGGCUACCUCCUCUUCAUCCUUAGGCUUUGAGAGUGAGAGCGAAGUGAGUCGCCCACCCAAGGGAGGAGAAGUAGGGGAAAAAGCAAGAGGAGGAGAAGGGCAGGAAGGGGGAGGGAGGACAGGAGAUGGAACAGAGUGCAGGGCCAUUAUUGCCAAAUCCCAGAGUAACAGGGACCCCCCCAAAAAUGAAGAGGCUCACUACAUCACCACCCAUGAGAUCCAGCUGAGUGAGGUGGAGCAGGACAUGGAUUUCGACGUGGGGCUGGCCUCCCGCUGGGAUUUCGAGGACAACAACGUGAUCUACUCGUUCGUGGAUUAUGCUUCCUUCGGUGGCAGCGACGAGACCCCAGGGGACGUCACCACCCCCACCGAAGAGGACGACGACAACAGCUGCUACCUCAGCACCACUCCCAGCACCAAUGCCACCCGGACACCCAGCCCCACCAGUAGCGACCUGGCUCGCCUCAGUGCAGGCAGCAGUGGUCGUGACACCAGCAGCACGGAAGUGGGCAGUGUCCCCUCCGACAGUGACCCUACUCCCCCACCCACUGGGCCUGGCACUGCCACCCUGCCUGAGCCCUUGCUGGAGCUCCGGGAGGCAGCUUCAGGGGCAGCCGCCACCACCGCCAGCAGCUGUGGGAGUGCAGCAAGCCAGAUCCUCCUAUCAAUCAAACCAACUUCCCGGGCUAUAAAUGAGCCUAGCAACGUGCGUGCAAAGCAAAACAUUAUUUAUGCUGCCAAGCAUGAAGGCGACAUGAGCCUCCGAGUCUCUACAGCUGCUGAACACAAUUCAAGUUCACUGAAGCAAAACUCGGCUGCAGCCGUGGCUCAGGACCAUGCAAAGAAAUUCAUUGCUGUCCCUGCUCGCCUGCAAACCAGGUGCGGGGCCAUACGGGCAAAGGAGCUGGUGGACUACUCCAGCGGAGCCUCCAGUGCGGUGAGCGAACUGGACGAUGCAGACAAAGAGGUGCGUAACCUGACCUCCCGGGCUUUCCGGAGCCUUGCUUACCCCUACUUUGAGGCUCUGAACAUCAGCUCCCGUGAGUCCUCCACCACCCUCUCCGAAGUGGGCUUUGGACGCUGGUCAACCUUCCUGGACCUAAAAUGUGGAGGUGUUGGAGCCAGGGUGGAACAGAGCCUUCUCAGGAGCAGCGCGGCCUCUGUGGCUGCAGGUCUGAGGAAGGGCAGUGGGGCCCGUGGUACUGCAGACCAGCUUUACAUCCAGUCCAAGAAGUCCCAGACCAAGGCCUUGGAAUUUGUGGUCAGCAAAGUCGAGGGGGAAAUCAAACAUGUGGAGACACCCUUGUGUUUCCAGAAACAGAUCCAAACGGGUUCUCGCGUCGUCACCCUUCUGGAACCCCUGAAUUUACGCAGUGAGAGCAAAGCCAGCUCGGCCACUGGACCCUGCAGGGCCACCAAGGGCUCCAGCAAGGGACCUGGGUCGGUGUGCACAGAUGAUGGCUCAGAGACCUCUGAAAGCAACAAGCCUGCCCCCCGCGGUGAAGGCCCCCACAAGAAGUCCAAGUUUGCAUCCAGUCUGCUCAAAAAUGUCAUUUCCAAGAAGAUGCAACGGGAGCACGAGUUUAAAAUGGAGAGGGGAGAAGUCACUGACACAUCUCAUCACAACCUCCCCGGCACCUCCAAGGAAGCAGAGGGGUCUCCUGGGGCUGAGAAACUGCGAGACAGGGGCUUGCAGCGGCAGAAUUCCCGCCACUCAGAGGCGGGUUCGGAGUACACGGUGGUCAGUGUGUCUGACGCAGGUGGGGAGGGGUCUAAAUCCCCAAUUUUCAAAGCCAGUACUCCUCGAGAAGGCAACGCAGGUUCUGGCCGGAGUUUCACGGAUGGACAAACGGAAGUGUGUGAAAUUAAAAAGAGUGCCUCAGAGACUGUGAAAGGCAUCUUUCUCCGCAGUCAGAACAGUGCUUUUCGGUCAUGGAAGGAGAAAGAGGCCGAGAAGCGGGAAGAGAAAGCCCCCAUUGGGAAACUGAAACUCCCCAAAGGCGGGGACUGGAGGGCGGAUCUCGGGGAGAUCUCUGCCAGCAAAUCCACCAUCAUGUCUCGUCUCUUUGUCCCCAACAUCCAGCAGACGCCCAAGGACAAGCAGCCAGGGAAGCAGGCCACCAAGUACCCUGCUGCCCAGGCCACAACCACGGCAGUGAUCAGACCCAAGGCUCCCGAAAUCAAGAUCCGGCUGGGGAGCGUCCAACAGCCAAGCUCGGACUUCAAUAUUGCCAAAUUGCUCACACCCAAGCUGGCUGGAGGCAGCGCUUCUAACCUCUUUAAGACCAUUGAGGACAACAGCAGGGCACAGCAGAAACUGUUCCGUGGGGACAAUCUGGAAAAAGUGCCCCAGUUCCAGGUGAGAGAUGUCAGAGACAAGUCCAAGGCUCAAGGGCCCCUCCACCAGGUGAGAGAUGUCAGAAAACUAAUCAAAGGAUCAGGGGACAGCAGUGACAAAGGCAGCAUUACUCCAGAGCAGGGACUGACAGGGUCCAAACCCAGGCAGCUGGCUCCUGCAGCUGGUGGAUCCAGAUCCCUGUCUCCCAUGGUAAUUACGUGCCAGGCUGUAGUGAACCAGAGAGAAGACAGCAUGGACCGGGAGCCCAGGGAAGGCAUGGGCAAAGGGAACAGCAGCAGGAUCAUGAACUCUUCCUCUCCAGAAGGGACGGUCUUGGUACACAGGGCAUCUGGCAGGCUGCCUGUGGCCACCAUUGCCCCCAAUAAACCUGAGCAGGGCUCAUACCUGCCUGUGCUCAAGAUUGUCUCCAAGGCUGCUGCUCAGAAGACCCCAGAGAAAACCAAGGAGGAGGACAUUAAGGAGGAAGGUAAAACCCCAAAGCCAGCCCGAAAUGCCCUGGAGAAGCUGACGGCUGCAGUGAGAUCCAUGGAAGAGCUGUACAGUUUCAACAGGAAUGAGUGGAAACGGAAAAGUGAUCCCUUGCCCAUGAUGACAGACAGUCAUGUCCUGUCACUCAUUGCCAGUGAGGAGAGGGAAGGGGUGGUGGGUCCUGAGGGAAACCCUGACAAGUUGGCCAAACGACUAGGUGAGGUGGAAGAACGAGGUGCCGGAAACAAAGGUGCUGUGGUCCUGAGAGGGGCUUCCGUGGAACGUCUGCAGAGGAGAAACUCCAACCCCAGCACCGAGAGUGUGUCUGCCCGGGCAGCCGCCUUUGAGAACAUGGCCAGGGAAAGGCCCCGAUCCCUCUAUAUUCCCCCUGUCCACAAAGAUGUGGAAAGAACCCAGCCUCUGCAGCCCCUCCCACCACUCCCCAGCAACCGGAACGUGUUCACAGUGAGUGCCAGUAGCACUCAGAAAACUGGGGGUGUCGCUGGCAAGUUCCCACAAGGGCCUUCUCCAGAGAGCUCUUCAGUGGUCAAGGGCAUCAAAUCACAGGGACUCCGGUCCCUCAAGAUCUCUCCGGCCACCCAGGCACCACCCAAUGAGGCGACCAACAGGAAAAGUGGCAUCAAUUUGGAGAAGAGCAAUAGUGACUGUGAGAACUACCUGACUAUCCCCCUUAAGGGAACGUCUGCUGCAGGAGAGUUACCUGGUAGACCUGGUGCUGCAAGAGAGGGGGCCCCCAUCUCCUCAGCUGCCACUCUCUGCAGCUUACCCCCACUGAGUGCCCGAAGUCAGGUCUCCAGUAGCCCCAAGGGCUCUCAGGUCAGUGGAACCAGCCGGCCAGCUUGGCGUACCAAACCUGACAACCCCCGGGAGACAGCAGCAGCUGCCCGCUCAGGGCCACAGAGCCCCGAGCAUACACCCACUGCCAUCUACCACCAGCAGCCACUGCCCUUUACCCUCCAGGGUGCCCAACCUCAAGUCCUCUGCUUCUCACCACCAGGCAUGCCUGCCCCAGCUCCUGCAGGCCCAGCUGCUGUUCCUACAGACCCCUUCCAGCAGUCACCGCCUCAGCAAACUCAGCGCAAGAUGCUCCUGGAUGUGACCACGGGCCAGUACUAUCUGGUGGACACACCAGUACAGCCCAUGACUCGGAGACUAUUUGACCCUGAGACAGGGCAGUAUGUGGAUGUGCCCAUAACCUCCCAGCAGCAGGCUGUGACUCCCAUGUCCCUCCCUGUGCCUCCCUUGGCCCUGAGUCCUGGGGCCUAUGGACCCACCUACAUGAUCUACCCUGGGUUUCUGCCCACAAUGCUGCCCACCAAUGCUCUGCAGCCCACACCAAUUGCUCACCCUCCAGGGGGUGGUGAGCUCUCAAUGGCGACAGAGCCGCACAACAAAGAGGCAGCUGCAACUUUCACAGAGGCCCCCUACUUCAUGGCCUCUGGUCAGUCUCCUGCCACCUCUUCCUCCUCAGCCCCAGCAGCCACAUCCCAGCUGGUGGGAGCCAAGGGCUUUGCCCAGCUGCACGGCAAACCUGUCAUCAGCAUCACUUCGCAGCCCCUGGGACCGCGGAUCAUUGCUCCCCCUUCCUUUGAUGGCACCACCAUGAGCUUUGUGGUGGAACACAGAUGACGAGAAGUCACCAGAAAGCAGAUUGGAACAGCUGCUGGAGCAAGACAGAAAUACAACUCUCUAAAAGUUGAAAUGUAAUAGCACUAUGAAUCCAGCUGAAAAAUGUCCUCCACAUGAGUAAUUCUUAAUUUUUGCUUCUUAUAAACCAAGUGUGUAAGUUUUCAUAUUUUCCUGAACAAUUCUCUUAAAGGCAGUUUUGUUAUUUAAGUUUCACUAAGAUGAUUGAAUGGUUGCAUUUUUUUCCCCCUGUAAAACUAUUUCUUUUUAUACUUUAAUACAAGAGACAAGCUUUCUGUUCGCCUCCCUCCCUCUUGCACUCCUGACUAGGCAAACAAUCCCUUAAGUGUUUGCCAUGCUUCAAUCAAAACCCACAACCGAAUGGGAUGGCUUCUGUUGUAAACAAAGUGAGCAAAUCAGUAAUUUGGAUCACAAAUCACCUUACCGGUUCUUGGACUCUAUCAAAGGUAGCUGGCAGAGUUGUAGCACAUAUUCAGGUGUAAAAUAUAUUGGGUCUGCUCUUGGAAUCAUAUAUCAGCUAAACCUUCUCUUGUUUGUGCUCUGUGUUCUUUUAUUGGGCUUGGGAUGAUUUCAAAUGUGAUUGUGGAAAACAAUGGUUUUAACUUUUGUGCUUUGUUUUAAUUUUUUCCCACUUGUACAAUGCCAUGACACUAUUUGUUGCCUUAAAAUAGAUUGGCUUUGAACAGUGGAAAGUCAGUGACUGCCUUUAAAAUUAAGUUCUUUGUUUCAGAAAGGUAUAAAAUAUCUAUUUCCCUUUAAAAAUCCAACAUUUGUUAUGAGUGUGUAGCCUUUUUUUUUUUUUUUUCCCUAGUGAUUCCCUCCAUAGUUGUACACUCCUGUCUCUCACAGACUGGAGUCUGAAGAGUGACCUGUUUGGGGCAGUUGAGUAGAAUGUGAACUCUUAAUUCAGGGGCUCUAAUUCCCUCUAGCCCUGGCCCUCCCCAAAGCAGUAACCUAGAAUUACAGUGCUUGCUUGUUAUGAGGCAGGUUUUAAGAGAUGUUAAAAAAUCCAAAUCACUGGAUCUUUCACUGACAUUUGAUAUUGCCUCCGUUGUAAUCCAAUUCUGAAGGCUAUUUGAGUGAGUGUUCACAGUGAGUCUGAAGGGUUGAUUGAACAGACACUUAUUUAACUUGUCAUAAUUUAUAAGGUGUCAAUAUCCACUCAACAGAGGUUACAUUGAAAUAUUUCUUAAUUCCUUUAUAAAGAAAUAUCCCUUUAAAACCCAAACAAUUCUCCCAGACUGUCUUUCAGGAGUCUCCUUUUAUGAACUUAUUUGUUUAAAGCCAAGGCAUUUUGGUAAUUUUUCAGAAGCAUUAUUUUGAUAUGAAUGAUUGUCAGUAUUUGGUUUCAGCUUAACAAUUGCUCUCAAAGCCACAGAAUUAUAUGUAAUUCAUGAGACUGGAUUUCAUAUGAUUAAUAUAAUCUUAUUACUCUGUAAUUAUGCUUCUCAUCUAGACUUUUUAAAAAACAACAACAAAGGCACUUUCAGGGGAUUUCUUAGCGGGAAUCUCAUUAAAAAAAAUAAAAAGUUCUUUUGUGUAAAGAGAAAUAUUUGACACAGGAAAUCUCACCACAAUUCAAUUACUCAUUGGGCCAAUGAGCUGUGAAAUGAAGCUUUCAUCUCCAUGAGACAUGAAAUAUGAAGCAUAGUUUCUGUAUGGAAAAGAAGCUCAUGCCAUAUUUGGGAAAACACUUUUUCUUUAUUAUAGAGGUUUUCUUACCCAGGUACAUGAGUAGGUUCACUCCAGAACUUAAUUUUUCAUCACUGGGAGGGGGGGGGAAUCUUAAAGCAUCAGUGCUUCUUCAUUUUUGAGAGAGAUUGGUUGGAAAUAAGGUCGUUUCAUAUGGAAACAAGAAAGUAGCAUUCGUUUUAAAAAUUUCAGACUAUGAACACUCAAAUCAGCACCAUGAAAUCUCAAGUAUUUGACCUUGAGUAGUGAAACUUACAUAGGGCGUGGGCGUACAAUGUGUACAGUUACAAGAUGUGAGACUGGUUUAAAAAACAGGGGACUUUCAAGAAAGCCCAGUGGCCACACUGAGCCAUGGCUACUUGCCAGUUCCUCCAAAUGGAGAACACUCCUUCCCUAGAGAAUGGGGUAAGGCUGAGGGUGGAGCUGCCCAUUAGCUAUUUACCGAUAUUUAUCACCAGCAGAUCUGAGCCUUCGGUUCUCACACUGAGGUAAACUAGGAUAGAAACUGGGAAAGAAUUUUUCAUUUGUUGGCUCUGAGAGGCUGAGUCCACGGGGAAGUUGCUGUUCUCUGAGUUCCAUAUGGGCUAGUGGUAAUGUCAUCAUACCAAACAAACCUGUAGGCCAUUUACUCCCUUAAGUGACAGGAAAAGAACGUUUUCACAGGCGUAAGGGAAAUUUCCAUCCUCCUUUUCAUUGCUUAGUCAUUUCUUGAGGUUGCAUGGACAUUUGAAUGAAGUGAUUAUGCCCUUCCUUUUCAACAAAAAUGGAACAAAACAAAAGUCUAUGAAGCCCUCAAACUAUUUAUUACCCUAACAAUGUUCUAUAGCCACUGAGACCCGAUUUAUGUUUUAUAUACAUAAACCACGAAUAAAGCAUUUCCUAAAGAAAGCCUUGAGCUUGAAUCUAAUCAGAAUUGUGGAGUUUGGCUUUUGUGAUUUCCACUCAGGGUUAUGGGUGUAGCUCACUUUUCUAGAAAAAUCACAGAUUACUCUGUGUACAAAUCUUGACCCAUUUCCUCUUUCUUUUUCCUGUUGGUGAAAGGCCACAUUGAAAUAGGCCCAUUUGGAGAGUUUUUAGAACACAUCUGUAAUCCAUAUGAAAAUUGUAUUCUCCAGAAUGUAUUUUCCUGAAAACACUCACUGAAAUUGCACUCAGGAUUAAAUGAAGCCCAGAUACACUGGUAAAGACUCAGGAUAUAGUUUUUCUGUAUGUUUAUCACUGAGUAAAUAAGCUAAAAAAAUUACACUUUGAAAACAUUAUAAAAAUAAUUCUCAAAUAUUAACAUGAAUUUCAAAUUUGUCCUCAGAUCACUAGGAAACAUCAAGUGAUAGAAAUUCCUUUUUCUUAAUUUCAGAUUUGACUUUAUCAUCUUUGCUUCUUCACAAGAUUUAAUGCAUUUUGAUUGUCUUCAUCCUUCAUAGAAAUGAAAGUCUGUGUUUGCUACAAAUUGAAUGUUCACGCUACCCGAAAUAAUAUUUUGGACUACAGACUGCAGGACAGUAUUGAUUCCUAAGUAGACUGACUAUAACCUCAUGAUAAGUCUGUGUAAGUGCAUGGGAAAACACAGUCAACAAUAAUCUUUGUAUAGAACUAUCAUGCUAUAUAUUUUCCUAUGUGGUGCUUGAGGAGUUUCAUUCUACAGUUUACAAGGUGUAGGUUUGCACCCCAAAUUCUCAGGGUAUGUUAUUUUACCCAAAUACUUGAAAGAAAAAGGUGCCCUGUAUUUUAUCAGUACUGUUGAAGGGGAAAAUUAUGUGUAAGUUUGUUCGAGAAAACUGCUUAUAAAAAAUCAAUCCCAUAAACUAUGUUAGGCUUUUACAUGAUUUCUAAGGAGAUAUAUACAUAGAUAAGAUAUAUAUUUUCAAGAGACUGCUUAUAUAUUCUUUAACUUCUGGGUCCCAAGUAGACCUCACAGGUGCAUAAAAUCAUUAACGAAGCACGUAGCAUUUGCUACAUGGUGCCUUGAGCUUGAAUCUAAUCAGAAUUGCAGACUUUCGUCCUCUAGAAAGGGAUCAUGUCCAUCUGUGACAUAUAUGAGGACAAGGCCCAGGGGAGGAUUCUGAAAAUUGGACUCCUUUGUAUGCCCCACAUCUCAGAAGAAAACUGAAUGUUCACAGCAUCAUUUAUCAGGUGUUAGCAUUCGGUGUUUCAUGUUGCAGCUAGAGUACAUCAUUAGAUUUAUUCCUGUUUAAUUCAUAAUGGUGCAGAAUAAAACACACACACACACACACACACACACACACAUCUAGUUUGAUUUUUUUUUUUAAUUUCUGAAUUACUUUUUACAAGCUAGUGUUAAGUUCUUCCUCAGGUUUCCUGAAUUACCUGCCAUACUUGUAUGCAUUUUCUAACUGGAGGCUCUCCCCCUUCCCCACCCCCACCCCC